AUGAGUGGUUCUUUGGCAUGUCUCUCUACUGUCUACGUUGGGGAUCGAACUCAUACAUACUUUAUAGACAGCACUGGAGCUCUGGCGGUUUUCCGAGGUACUCCAGUGAUAACUGAUAAUGAAGAGGGUCCCAUUCGGAUUAUAGUGAAGAAAAAGUACAUCAAACCAGACCCCGGGACACAAAUUGCUUCUAUCUCUUUCCCAAGCCCUACGGUUCCAGACUAUAUUGAGGUCAGAGUAUAUUACAUCAAAGAAGGUUACCUGCAUGAAGUCUCCUGUGAUUGUAGCAAAACCCUGAACCAAUGCAAGGAACUGGGAUCGCCGCGAGAUAUGUACGGUCAAAUGGGAACAAAGUGGUAUAUUACCGCGAACGCGAAGGGGAUACUGGCUUACGAGUUUUGUACCAACACGUUAACGGUAGAACACCUUGGCAACUCAAGUAUCUUACCCCUAAUUAAUUGUGUGGAUUUAUUAUUUUCUCUAUCCUACAAUAAUACUCAUGGACCUCGAAAAAUAUGCACAAACCUGAUCAAUAACAUGAUAGCAAAGAAGAGAAAAGAAAAGCCUGGACCCCGAUCUCCUCAGUCAGCAAUUCGUCCUCAAACAGAUGUAGUCGCAUCGCACAUCCACCAUAUCAACGGUGAUCCUCGUAACGUCGCCAUUUGA